AUGAUUGACAAUGAGAUAUUUUCUAUAAUUUCUCAAGCUGCUGUUGUGACUAAUGUGAUGAAUAUAGACAAUGAUGUUGAGUUAAAUAAAAUAUUGGAAGAUGGAAUUGGAGAUGAAGAUGAUGAGGAAGCAUCUUUUGACAAUAAUGUUGAAUUACCUUCAACUUUUACUAAUAUGGAAGGAACAAAUUUGACUAUUGAUGAAAAUUGGAUUAUGACACAAUCAACAAGUAAGAAUGAUUUUAUGCGAGAGUUGGAAAAAGAUUCUAUCAAGGAUAAAGAGGAUCUUGUUAGAGCAAUCAAAGUGUUGGAUUAA